AAUAUUUGGCAAUUAUAAAUGGCUGAUCAAACUAAUGUGAAAGAGGUCUUCAAAGACCAGCAGAAGAAUGGCGAUGCCGCCAAGGUAAAGAAGCUGCGCGCCUCGGCACCAUUCAUUAAGAAUGUGCUGCAGACCCAUGGUCAUCAGUUGGCUUCAGUGCAAUAUCGCCAUCUGGAAAUUCUCUUGCGGCUGCUGGAGAGCGAUAUGGCUCCAUCGGAAUUCUUUCGCCGAUUUCCCGGGGAUAAGAUUGAUAAAAUUGAGGGUGUUAUUAAUAAACUCAAAACCAAAUUCGGAACCCUUCUGGUUAACGAGGUUAUUGACCUUGACGACUCGCCGGAACCAUCCGAUCUUCCAUCUACCUCCAAAAGAACUGCCGAGGCGCUCAGCACAAAGCAGCAUGAGGAUUCAGUCACGGUUUCGACGUCCCAACUUAUGACUAAAUCAAAUCCACCGAGAACUAAAGCUGCACCGGUUAAACCCAAGUCAACGGUAACGCCUUCAGUUAAAACAUCAGAAGAUAUGUCAGAUAAACGGUUGCCACAGGAUUUACGCAAGUCGAAUCCACCUGCGCGAAGUUCAGACAAGCCCAUUGCUGAUUUUGAACGCAGAUCUCAUCCACCCAAGCACAGUCUCAUCACACCAAAGCCUAUGACGACCGUACAUAUAGAUUUAAGCUUGUCGCCAAAUUACAAAGCGGACACAGAGCGUAAAUGUAACCCAAGACCUUCGGCUGAGAAAAGCUUGGAUCUAAGCUCAAUCAUUGGUAUGCGGCGACCGGUCUAUGAGCGCAGAUCCAAUCCACCUCCACCACAAUCGCCAAAGUCAACAAAUAGUUGCAGCAGCUCCGAAGCCAGCUGUCCUUCACCGAUGUUUGAGCGCAGAUUCAAUCCACCGCCACCGCCAGUAACCAGUAAACCUUUGGCUUCUGAGUCCGCUGAUAUUGCCGAGGAAGAUCAUUCCAAGCUAUCCUCGCUGGAGGAGGCGCGCAAGAAGCUUGCCGCUUUAAGAGCCAGCAAGGGUGCUGCUUUAGUCAAGCCGAUGGCCUCCAAUUCCAAUGAUCCGCGUGGCCACAAAUCGACUUAUCUAAAUCCAUCGCCGCCAAACGUGAUUGUUCCAGAGGCAAUGGCAAUGCCAAUGCCAGUUCCUGCACCAGUGCCAAUACAAACUGCGCAAUCAAAUUGGGUGCCAUUGGCAUUGUCAUCGCCGCCGCCAAUGCCGCCGCCGAUGCCACCAUUGUCGCUAAUUAACAUAACAUGUGCUGCACAUAACAUUCCCAAUGUGCCAGCGAUGAGGCCACAUGCUCCACUCAAUCGAAAUAAAAGAACAUCAACUUCAGAAUUGAAGCUCAGUUCCACAGCGGUUGCUGCUGUCAACGAAUUCAAUGAGUCCGUUCAGCGGCGAUACAACACUUUGCCCAGCCAAGCAGAGAUGCGUGAUCCGCGAACAAUGACUUGGAUCAACACUAAUGCUUUAUUACAAUCUGGGUCACAGCAACAACAACAACAGCAGUACCAGCCAGGAGCAACAGCUGCGCCAGCAUUAAAUCAUCAGCAAUUGGGACAUGCACAACGAACAGCACCCUUCCAGAAUGCCUCUUACAAUGGAUUUGAGGAGGCCCAGCAAGGAGGUGGUCUCAACUGGCAAUCCUCCAACAAUGGCAACAAUAACAACAAUUAUAGCUAUAUUAACAAUAAUAACAACAGCAACGCAAAUUGGCCCAAUAACAAACAAAACAAAUUUUCUUUUAACAAGUCGAGCCGCGGCGGAGGUGUCAAGCCCCGCUUCCCUCCACCCGGGUUUGGCACUGAAAGCCCACGCACUUAUCGCGAACACCGACAGGCAAAAGCUGCAGCGGCUGCCAAGGAACAAGCAGAGAAGCGACGCCAGCUGGAGGCAACGGAGAAGCAACGUCAGCUGGAGAGUCUGGUUAGAGAGCCGCCUGUAACUACUACGCCACCAGUGGUCCUGAACAAAGAUCGUGUGCAGCUGGAUACCUCAUAUCGUGACGUUGUCCAGUCACGACAAACUAAGAAGAUCGAUUUCAAGAUACCCAAAAAGAUGGCUGCCGAUAAAUUGAAUGUAGAGCAUAAGGGAGAGAAAAGCGAUCAGAGAACUGAGAAAACUGAGGAAAAGUCGACUGAAGAGCAUAAGGGAGAGAAAGGUGGCCAGAAGCCUGAUAAAACCGAUAAGUCCGAUGAAAAGCAAGAAGCAGCAAUUUGUGGUGAGCCAGAGUCCCCUAAAGAUAAUGCUAUUGGUAAGGAGUUAAGCUUGCCGACCACAGAUAACAACGGCAAUGAAUCAAAUAAAGCGUCAAAGCCGCAUAAAUCUGACAAGUUGGAUAAAGCAGUAAAGCAGUCGAACAAAAUGGAUAAGUCAAGCAAAUCCAAUGAAAAAGAGGUCUCCAAUCUGGCCAAUGUGGAGGAGGAGCAGGUGCCUCUUGAGAAAAAAUCUGCAGAAACAGCUGAGCAAAAAAAGAAAGAGGCGUUGCCAAAGCUGCCCAAGAUCAAAGUAGUUUUCGGACCGGUUGCGCACGUCGUAACCGUAUCACCCACAGGCACAGAUACAGAAAGUGAUGUCAAUGUCGUGGAAUCGCCGGUCAAAAUCCGCAUGAAACUGUCGACGGAACGACAACCGAUACGUAUUGCGAAGCGUCGGAAAUCAAUGAUGCCGACGGCCAGCAAAUCGCUGAUAGACAAAUCGGAACUGUUUACGGGCAAUAGUUAUAUGUACGAAGAUGUUGUGGAGCAUCACCGACAAGAGAAGGUGAAGCAGACGGUGGCGGCCAACAAAAAUCUAGCAACUAUGUUUGAGAGGAGCAACGACAAUUGCAGCAUCUCCACGCACAAUAUAAUCGCCGGAAAGCGGCGAACGCGCUUCGCCGAUCUGACGCUCAACGAGACGCAGCUCAGUCGCAACGUGUUCAAAUUGGCGAAAAAACCACUAGAGACGAAGCCAAAGACACCAGCGACGACGACGACGACGAAGACGAAGACGACGACGAAGAUGAAGACGAAGACGACGACGAAGACUUUGUCAGCAGCUAAGAGUCCGUGUCACGAUUCGAAUGUGGUUGGCAAUGAUGCAGCGCCACCGAACGAGGUCGUCCUGUUGCCGCCACCAAAAACACGAGGCAAGCGCAGCGAGCUGGAAAAGCUCAACGACGACAUUGCCCAGAUGUAUUACGCGGAUGAUGUAUUGCGCGCGACUGGCAGACGUGCCUGCACCGUCCAAAAGCGGCAACAUCAAUCUCAGACCGACGACGGCGCCAGUUGCAGCAAUAGCAGCAGCAGAUUGCCCAGUUGCCACAAUAGCAUUGGCGACAGCAGCAGCAACAACAUCUUCGCCAUCAACGCUGAGCUGGAGCCCUACAAAUGUAAUUUGGCGCGACGGGGCAAACCGUUUGCCCGAUCUGUUGCUGGACUCGAUCGUGCCAGUUUCAAGGACAAAAAAGGACAAACCACUGUGCCGCUACGCACCAAGCGUUGUCGUGUCAAAAUCGAAGAGUGCAAACAGCUAAAGGCGAUGUUGAGGGCAGCGUUGAUGGGCGUUAGAAACACCAAUCCCGAUUGGCAUUCCAAAUACGAGGAUGCCAAGCGCUGUGUUGUUUGUACGAAGAAUGUUAGGAGCCCAGUGCUCCACUAUUUACAGCAUCAUAACGAGUUCUAUUUCGCCCGUAUGCCACCUGGAAUGCUGCAGAAGCUGCGCCUCGGCAUUGGCAAUCGGCCCAUCUAUGCUUUCAAACAGUCCAGGAUUAAGUAUUACUACCAUUGUCCGUUUUGCAUUAAAACGACAGAGAUGACAGCUAUCAACUGGGUGCACCAUAUUGCUGCACAUACCGGAGAGGCAAAGUAUAGAUGCUCGCGCUGCAAGUUGUCGCGUCAUCGAAUCAUGGAUAAUCAUGUGGCGAAAUGUGGCAAGGGCGCUCAGAUACUGCACAAUAAACAAUUUAGUGUCAAACAGCCGUUGAGCAUUCAUGUCUGCCAUCUGUGCGAUUUUGUGCAACUGUGUCGCAAUAAUCUGGUGCAUCACUGGCAGCUCCAGCAUGGCCUCAACAACAGCGACGGAUCGCUGGCGGGCUUGGGCGAGCAACUAAUAAUCUGUCAGAUCAAAGAUGUGCCCGUCGUGACAACAAAUUCCCAGAUUAAAGCACUAAUAACGAGUCAUGAGGCAAAGGAGUUGACCAAACUGAAGACUGAGCAGCCCGACAAAGUCGUCAAAGUCAUCGGCGCUCCAAACAAGAAGCAGCACGAGACAAUAGAAAAUGAAGUCAAUAUGACGACGAAGGCAACGAAUUCAGCGGAACAGGAAGCCGAACUAGGGCAGAAGACAGAAGUAGCACAGGAAGUGGAAGAAGCUGAACAGACAACAGAUGUGGAGCAGCAGGCGGAUGUGGAGCAGGAGGCGGAUGUGGAAAUGGAGCAGCAGGCGGAUGUGGAAAUGGAGCAGCAGGCGGAUGUGGAAAUGGAGCAGCAGGCGGAUGUGGACAUGGAGCAGCAGGCGGAUGUGGACAUGGAGCAGCAGGCGGAUGCGGUUUUUGCCAUAAAUAUCGAUGAUAUAUGCAUGCCACCGGCAGAACUGGAGCCGCUGCUGGUACGCAACGAAUGCGAACUGGAAGCGGAAGCGGAAGCAAUGCAGCUGGAACAGCAGGAAUCCGAGAAGGAGUGGAUCGAUGUUGAGUCUAUCCACUGUUCGGGUGGUCAAAAAUCGAUUUUCUACAAUUAUAACAAUUUGUGCCUUAAGCUUAAAAGUUCCAACGCCAACGGCGGCAACGGCAACAGCAAGAGCAGCAGCAUUAGCAGCAAAGCAAGCAGGAAACAUUCAGCAUCGCCGGCCAGCAAUUGCAGCGACAACAAUGUACCCGAUUCGGAAGCCGCAACGCCGACGCUGUCCAACGUAAUAGACAAGAUUAGCGCAACUUCAACGUCCGGCCAAACCAUCAUCGAGAACGUCGCAUUUCGUAAGCGGGACAUGCUCACACAGCAGCCGGCCUACUACUGCAUGUACAGUAGCUGCAAAUUUCUAUUCUCCAACGAGGUGGAGGGCCUGGAGAAUCAUAUUAUGCGCGAACAUCCGCUGAUCCGCUGGAGCGGCAAAUGCAACAGCUGCCCGGAGCAGUCACCUCAGCAGCAGCAACAGCUAAGCAUUGUUGAUGAGCUGCAUCACAUGAUCAACUAUCACAUGGAGACGAAUACAUUGGCGACUUCGACUGCGACUGUUACUGAUGCUUCUGCUGAUGCUACAUCGAUUGAUGUUGUUGCUGCUGAUACAUCGAUUGAUGUUGCUGCUGCGGCUGAUUCAGCCCAAGCAGAGAUCACUUCACCCAAGCUGCGUGUGCGCCGCUUUACCGGGGAUCGCCUGGGCACCGAGUCGGAACAGCAAGAGCAAGAGCAGGAGCAGCAUCAGCAGGAGGAACAAUCGGAUGUUGCCAAUAAAAAUGAAAUGCUGCGCAAUUUGCUGGACGCUGAAUCACGUCCGCCCACCCAGUCGCAGCCGCAACAGCAGCAGCAGGCACUCAAUGCUGCUGUUGGCGUUGGCAUGGAUGAUUAUCUAAUGGCGUCGGGAACGUCUGCAACGUCUGUGCUGGCACUGGCUCCAGUUCCGGUUCCAUUGCCAGUAGCCAGUGGCACGGUUAUCAGUCAUCCCUCCGAGCUUGGUCUGGCCAUCAAUCAGGUGUUUAGCCUGGCUGCUGGUGCGCCACCGCCGCUGCCACCGUUGCCGCAGCCGUUGCCACCCGCUGUUGUUAGCAACAGGGCAUUUGUGCUCACCCAAAGACUAACGAGCGAUUCCAGUGCGAAUGAGCUGGCACAGACCAACAUAACCAUUGAGCCCCAUAAUCCUAACCGGGACAGCGCAUCAGCGCAUCAGUUGCAGUUGCACCAGCAGCAGCAGCAACAGCAGCAGCGGCAGCCGACACGCCUCAUCGCCGAUCGUUUCCGUUGCAUGGCAAUCAAUUGUAACUUUUGCGCCCACACUGUCAUCUGCAUCAAGGAGCACAUGAAGUUCCACUGCUUUAGCUUUGGCAGCAAAGACUAUCUGCAGUGCGCCUACUGCUCCCACGUUGGCAGGGAUGUCAAUGAUUUUGUGCGUCACGGCGUCAUCGAGCAUGGGCUCGCCUCCCGCUCCGAACUUGAGGAGUUGUCUGAGACAUUCGCGGACACGGCGACGGCCACAAAUCCUAGCAACUCCAGCACAUCCUCAUCCAACUGCGGCACAACUCAGCGAUCAGCGGUAGAGGACAACAGCGGCAUAACCAUGUCCAAUGUGCUGGAGCUACUCGGACCCACUGGCUUUUCAGAGAAGAAGCUUUACGGUUGUCCGGUCAAGGCGUGCUCCGUCUCAUUAACGGAUGAGAAGCCCUUCGUCAGCCAUGUGAUGUACCAUAUGUCGAGUAAUCCGGGCAUGGGACCACUUAACUGCAAGUUCUGCCGGCGAUCGUUCGAUCAUCCGGCAUCGUUGCGUUCGCAUCUGUAUCAGUUACACGCACGCCACAAAUACUUUUGCGGCAUUUGCCUCGGGACGACAUCGAAUCGCCGCCUGAUGCAUCAACAUAUGAUGAAGCGACACUACGAACUAUAUAGGCUGGUCUGGUUCCAGCAACAGUUUAUCGAACUGAACGCAUCGCUGCCCAUGCCACACGGUGGCAUCGCGGUGGCGAGUGAGGCGAGCAAGUGUUGGGUUGCCGUCAUCGAGCAACCAUUUGGCCCCAAACAAAUGGAGGAAUUUGUGAAAAAGUUGCUGGCCGAGCGGCAGAUGCGACUCGAUGGCACCAAGUGUAUUUAUCGACCAUCGGAGUACCGUCUGGUGCCACGCAAGGCAUUCUUCACAAAGGAGCUGUUUUGCGGCGAGUGUCAAUUCCACACGCUCAAAUACAACGAGCUGAACACCCAUCUGCUGGCACACAGGGAGCAGGCGGUGCGCACUGCCUAUCAAAAGGAUCAACAGGAUGUGCAGUCGCUGCCGCAGCAGUCGCAGCCGCAGCAGCAGCAGCAGCAGCAUAUGAUGGUCUCCCAGCAAGAGCAAACAGUCGAGACAAAUGGCACGCCGACAUUAGAUGGGAGUGAAGCAACUGCACAUCGUGCAACACAAUUGUUGGAGCCGGGCGCUCAGGUGCCUCGCUCUUGCAUGUGGUCUUAUGUGCCCAAGGAUAGGCGCUUUAUGUGCGGCGUUGCGGAUUGCCACACCCAUUGGGACACUGAGAUGUCGCUGCGUCGCCACCUGAUCGAGAUGCAUGUGUAUGAUCAAAACUUUAAAUGCUUGCACUGCUCCACCGAGGAGAAUAUCUAUACGCCCGACAAAGUGCUCGAGCAUCUGUCAUACCACAAGCGACACAUCUAUCAGUGCGGCAAGUGUGGCACGUUUCAUCCAAAGCGCUCCUUCAUCGAACGGCACAUUCAAGAGAAGCAUUUGGGAACCAAUGUCGAUAUCAUCAUUGCGAAGCGCAGCGAUGACUCUGCCCUAAGCACAGAGAAGCGUUGGUUCAAGUCAAUUGCAACGAUGCGCAUCGGAGAGAUCGAUUGGGUGUGCAAUUUGUGCAACAAGACGCUGGUCAGCCAUGAGGACACCGUGCAGCAUGUGGAGCAAGUGCACGGACGCAAGCAUCAGUACAGUUGUGCAUUCUGUGACGUAGAGAACGAUGUGGUAACGAACGUUAUACAACAUAUGCAACGCAACCAUAGCAAUCAGCGGAUGCAACCAAUCAUGAACUAUAAUCAGAUCCAAACGAAGAUGCAACAAACGCUCGGCUUUUACUGCAACACUUGCGGCAAGGCAGAAACUAUUUAUCAACAGAUGCUCAACCACUGUGGCUACAAACACAAAACCAAUUUUCAGUUCAACUGCCCCCACUGCCCAUUCGGAGUGGCCGUCGAGCGCAAGAUUGUUGCGCAUUUGCGGGACGAGCACGCAGGCCAAAUGGGACUGGCCGUGCACCAGUUUGAGCGUGUCACCAAUGAGCUGCUUGACACCGAUUCCUGGGCGAUGGCCCAUCCAAUUGGGGUAGAACCAACCAAUGGUGCGACCACCAUUAGCACCACAACAACAGUAAGCAGCAGUAGCCGCAACACCACCUCUGCACCGAUGGUGCUUGACAACGAUGCAAUCGAACUGUCAUCAUCGGAUGAGGAGAUUGAAGAUUAUGACAAUUUGGAGUUUGCCUGUUUGCAUUGCACUGCGACAAGUGGCGACGUUGUCACGCUGCGCACCCAGCACUGGGCGAAGAAGCAUAAGGAAUUGCCGUUCUAUUUUAGCGCACAGCCACAGUUGCGCUGUCCGGAAUGCCGGACAUUUGUGGGCAAUGCAAAAUCGCUGAUGGAGAACCAUUUGCCACAAGCGCACUCCAUACGCCGAAUGGUGGCUUGCGAUCUUCGUCGGCCGGACGAGUGUGCCUUCUGCAAUUAUCGCUAUAGCAAUGUGGCACUGCUGACCAAUCAUAUCGAGUCGGAGGAGCACAUGUCAAACGAUCUAAAGUAUCUAAAGGACAGGCAAAUUGACACACUGGUCAAGCUGGGCACCACGGAGACAGAAUGCCCCAACGAGUAUUAUCAGUGUAAAAUUUGUCGCAUCGUAAUGCCCACAAAUAUUGCGAUGGCCCAGCAUGGUCAGCUGGUGCAUAGCAACUCGCCGGAGGACUUCUGUUUCAGUAAGGUGAAGCAGCUGAUCACAUAUCACUGCUCGAUAUGCAUAUUCGCGUCGACCGUCGAGUUGGUGACGCUGCGUCAUAUGCUUGAUCAUUAUAAGAAGUUUCGAUUCUGUAAUAUGUGCGGCAUGCAGCAGACCAGUUUCGAUAAGUACAUACAGCACUAUUAUACGCAGCAUCGUGACGAGGUGGCUCGCUUCAAUCAGGUGCAUCCCUAUGCUUGUCUCAAGAAGUUCCUCAUGCAGGUGCUGUAUCAUUUCCCAAAUGGGCUAAUCAUUAGCAAGAAUAGCCUGCGCCACACGCGCUACAACGACGUGACCCACAUCCGUCAGGUGUAUGAAGAGCUCGUCCUUAAAUCUCAGCAGCCACCAAUUCCACGGCUGCUCAUCAGUCAGUUGCAGAGUCGCAAUGUCGCAACCAAAAAUGCACCAAUGCAUCAACAGUUUCAGGUCUCCUUAAGCAACACGGGCAACACUGCCAGGAUUGCCAAUCGACGCAAAACCCUAAAUCCCAACAAUAUGAGCGACCUCCUCCGGCCCCAGCAACUUGUUGCCGCCGAUCCAAAUCCGAAGAUCAAUAGCCGCCGCAGCUCAGUCAUCAACUGGCAACCAGCUGGGAUGCCUAUAAAUCUUAGCUCGGUUACGGCUGCUUCAAGUUUAGCUAGUGCUGUUCCCCCUACACCUACUCCUGCUGCUGCGGGCCCACCACCUGCUACUGCUGCUGUGGAUCCCACUCUCACUGCUACUCCCAAUCCGUUAUUGGUUCCACUGACCACGGUCCAGCGCAUUGUUAAGGGGCGCUAUAUGUAUGGAGAAAUUCCUCAGUAGUUGAUAUAAAGUAUUUUGGCCAGAAGAAACAUUUUUACCUAGUUAGUGAGUAUCUAGCUGUACGUGAUAUCAAUUCAAUAAUUGACACUAAUUCCAAUUAUGCUGUAUUACUUCUGGUAUCAAAGCAUUUCGCAGUCGGUUACGCAACCGACUGCAACGUUCUCCUUCUUUUUUUUUUCUUGUUCUUUAUUAUGAUUAUUAUUUGAUGUAAGCUGUAAUAUGUAAGAUUUAUGUAUGAAUUAUCUUGUAUUUGUCAGGCAGAAAAGACACCAACCUUAACAUUGGCUUGGCUACAGGGUAAAUAUCGGUCGAGCACAUUCGGCUUACUUUUUCUUUUGUUAUUAUUAUUUAAUUAAGAAAUGUAGACUGUCAACCGUAUUUGGUCAAAUGAAUCAUGAUUAUUAGAUGUGUAAUUGCAACUGGAGAUAUUUCUACUAUGUCAGUAAAAGAAACCAAAAGAAAAGUAGAAAGAGGUUCCAAUGGUUAAUUUGAAUGUGACGGUGACAGACAGUCCCUUCAAUCAACUUGUAAUGAAUAAGACAAACAAUUGGCUGAUAAAUAUAUAUACUAAUAUAUACACAUAUCUGUAGUUUUAUACGGGCUCUCUAGACCCACCCUACACAUUCAAAAUAAUGUUAAUGUUAUUAAUUUACAAAAUACAAAAAAAGGAAAGAAAAAAA